AUGCAAGAAAACGACGUAAUCGCCAUAAUAAUUAUAAUCCUCUUUCUAAUCCUCGCACUCAUCGCCUACGGUAUCUACAGAUUAGUGCAGAAAGCUCGAGGGGAAAGUACCGUGUCGGGGAGUACGGAGAGUUCGGGGAGUUUGGCGGAUGAUUAG